AUGUCUUACCAAGAGCAGCAGUGCAAGCAGCCCUGCCAGCCUCCUCCUGUGUGCCCACCCACAAAGUGCCCAGAGCCCUGUCCUCCUCCAAAGUGCCCUGAGCCAUGCCCCCCUCAGCCAUGCCAGCAGAAAUGCCCUCCUGUGCAACCUCCUCCACCCUGCCAGCAGAAGUGCCCACAGAAGAACAUGUGA